GUGCGGCCGGGCGAGGCGUCAGCUGCUGAUGUUGUAUGUCAAGUGAAGGUACGAGUCUCAGUGCGUCACUAAACCUCACGCGAUGAAGGUCACGCUCCUCAUCCUCCUCGCUCUCUCUGCUCUCGCAUAUGGCAAACCUCGGUUCACAGACUGUGGUAGUGGAGCCACAGUCAAUCUAAAUGACAUCACCAUAACUGGCUGUGAUAACCCAGGCCAAUACUGUAUCUUCAAAAGAGGCACCUAUGCCAACAUGUCAUUACCCUUCACACCAAAUACUGAAGUACAGCAGCUGACGGCUAGGGUGACAGGCACAAUUGUUAUUCCUGUACCGUUCCCCGUAAACCCAGAAAAUGCUUGCAAUGGCUCUGGUUUGACAUGUCCACUCCAGCCAUUCCAGACUAGUAUCUAUAGAGCAUCAGUUCAAGUUUUCACAUUUUACCCACCUGUAAGUAAAAGGAAUUUUAAAGUAUUCUGUUGCCUGCAUUUAUAUGCAUAAUAUUUACCUAUUUAU